CAUGCUCAGAGGAUUGAAGCAGGGCUCCGGCUCUGUGCUCCCUGUUACAACACAUCAGUUGUAGCAUGAGUUACUAUUGGGAAUAGAGCAGCUGGAAACAAGCUUGACAAUGAGCGCUACACAUUGUUUGAGGCUGUUUGUGCUUUGCUUUUGGCUGCUGGUUGGUGAUGUAAAUUGUGAGAAUACUCAGAGAGGUUAUGUCCAACACGUCCAAGUGGGACAGGCCCAAAGGGGAGUCCACAAUGACAACAGAGACGACACAAGAUGGAGAGAACCACCUAUUGUCAGAAUCCCUACAGCUGGUUACAAGACAUCAAGUGUGGACAGACUGCAAAGUGGCAGCAUUUACCCCACACGAGAAGAUCACACCACUGCCUCCAAAUCAUCACAAAUCAUAAGACGUUAUCCUGUUACUCCCAAGAUACAAAAUGUACCAAAAAGCCAAAUCAACCAAUUAAAACCUGGCUUCAAUUCACCCUCAGUUAUUCAAAGACGAAGUGAUGUGGCAUACAACCGCCCUGGACACAAAGCUUUUCCUGACGGCAAGAAGAUUCACCAAGCAAACUCUGAUUCUGUAUUCUCCACAGGUGCAGUUCAGGUUCCAUCACAAAUCUAUAAUACCAGAAUGAGGUCGACAGGAAGUUUUUCACCUGUUCAGGUUGACAAAGUCCCAUUUAGCCUUAGACACAACAACAAAGGGGCGCCAUUCUACUCCCACGGCAAUAAACAAAGUCUAAAUAUUCAAGCUGUCAAGUCUCAGAAGAUGCACGUAAACCCCAUCGAACAAAAUAUAUAUCCACAGGAGUCACGUCUCACAACCAGACCCAAAAGUUUCAAUCAGGGCAGAACAAACUUUUUACAAACAGUUUUAAAACCCAAAGACAAGCAGACUGACUCAGUCGUGGAGGGACAAUCUCCUGACAGAAAUUCAGCAGGAAAAAGUGACACAAAGACUUCUUUUCCAGCAUGGAGUCCCAGGGCCUAUAGCAGCGAUAUGAUGUCUGAAGCCAGAGGAUACACUCACGUCCGUCGCCUCAAGCCUGCCUUUGACAAAAAAACGCCCCAAGCUAGUUCUAGAAAGAUAUGGGAAACAGGUUUUUCACAUGUAAUACACAAUUCAGGCGGUUACAACCAUGAUUCAACAAAACCAGGGUUUGAUCAUCCAGCAUCAAGUGAAAGGCAGCAAAAUUAUAAUUUCGGAGGAAGCAGACCCAGCUGGCGUCCUGCCCCGCCAGACCGAGCACCAAGUCCUGUCCAAGGCAAAUUCAAACCUUUCCAAACACAUCCUACAAAUGAUGCUACUCACACAUCAGACAGUGAACUCAUUCCCCGUCAGACAACCCUUCCUCCUAGUUUGAACUCUACUUCAUCAAUCGUUCCUUCAGUCGCCGCAGAAUGGAGCACAAAGUCUGCUUCACCCACACCGACAGCGGGCCGAGAUGCAGAGCUUACACCUCAAGCAUCAAACCACGAAGGCCACAUUGAGAGUUCAACAGAAAUUGGAUCUUCCUAGAUUCCUUCCAAGAUUUCUAAAUAUCAUGAAUCCAUCAACCUGGAGUUUAAACUGACCUACCACAUGAUGCUUUCACAAACAUGGGUGGCAACAACAGCAAGAGGAUUUUAAACCAACCAGGAGAUUGGCCGCUUGACCAGAAAGAGUAUGAACCUGAAUAAAAACAUUUAAAACUUUG